AUGGAGCCCCCACAGGACCGGGCUGCUGUGUCAAGGCCUCACCCUCAACCUGCUCUUGCUACAUGGCGUGGGUCUUUGUUUCCCUCCUGGUCACACCACUGCUUUCCCCACAGGACGGCUGGCACCUUGUUUGGGGAAGGAUUCCGUGCCUUUGUGACAGACCGGGACAAAGUGACAGCCACGGUGGCUGGGCUGACGCUGCUGGCUGUCGGGGUCUACUCAGCCAAGAAGGCCACUGCAGUUGCAGGCCGCUACAUCGAGGCUCGGCUGGGGAAGCCGUCCCUAGUGAGGGAGACGUCCCGCAUCACGGUGCUGGAGGCGCUGCGGCACCCCAUCCAGGUCAGCCGGCGGCUCCUCAGUCGACCCCAGGACGCGCUGGAGGGUGUUGUGGUCAGUCCCAGCCUGGAAGCACGGGUGCGCGACAUUGCCAUAGCAACAAGGAACACCAAGAAGAACCGGGGCCUGUACAGGCACAUCCUGCUGUACGGGCCACCAGGCACCGGGAAGACGCUGUUUGCCAAGAAACUCGCCCUGCACUCAGGCAUGGACUACGCCAUCAUGACAGGCGGGGACGUGGCCCCCAUGGGGCGGGAAGGCGUGACCGCCAUGCACAAGCUCUUUGACUGGGCCAAUACCAGCCGGCGCGGCCUCCUGCUCUUUGUGGAUGAAGCAGACGCCUUCCUUUGGAAGCGAGCCACUGAGAAGAUAAGUGAGGACCUCAGAGCCACACUGAACGCCUUCCUGUACCGCACGGGCCAGCACAGCAACAAAUUCAUGCUGAUCCUGGCCAGCUGCCACCCCGAGCAGUUAGACUGGGCCAUCAAUGACCGCAUCGACGUGAUGGUCCACUUUGAUCUGCCAGGGCAGGAGGAGCGGGCGCGCCUGGUGAGAAUGUAUCUUGACAAGUAUGUUCUUAAGCCGGCCACAGAAGGAAAGCAGCGUCUGAGGCUGGCCCAGUUUGACUAUGGGAGGAAGUGCUUAGAGAUCGCUCGGCUGACAGAGGGCAUGUCAUGCCGGAAGAUCGCACAGCUGGCCGUGUCCUGGCAGGCCACGGCAUAUGCCUCCAAGGACGGGGUCCUGACCGAGGCCAUGAUGGACGCCUGCGUGCAAGAUGCUGUCCAGCAGCACCAGCAGAUGAUGCGCUGGCUGAAGGGGGAGAGGCCUGGGCCCGAGGACGAGCAACCCUCAUCCUGAGUCCAUGGGGAGACCACACCUCACGGAGCCUGGCCGCGGACCCCUCCCACCCCUGCCUUUGCGGCCCGCACAUUUAGGAGAUGCUCCCGUAAUAAAGUCCCACACG